AUGUUGUCAGAGACUGGUAGUGGUAUCAAGCUCUGGGCAUCGCCUGCAAUACUGCCUGCGGCAGUACCUGCGUCGUGUAAAGCCGUCAUGGCUGCCGAUAUAGCGUGUAGUCCACGUAUUAUCAAAGAAGCUGACAUCAGAAAAGAUGUGCCAUUCAAUGAGACUUUUCUCGGUGAAUACUGCAGCUCCACGUGUUCCUCAUCACUCAACACCUAUAUCACAAAUGUCAACACGCGUUGCGGAUCCACCACCUACGAUUUUGGCACCGGGAUUGGAGAAUCUGCGGGCUCUUUGAUCGCACCUCUCAAAUGGGCACGCGAUGUCGCAUGCAGUACUGGGACUUCCGCGAACGACUUCUGCUACCCAAAGAUUGUCAACAGACAAGUCGGUUUCUGCGACGAUUGUACGUUGAAACACAUUGCUGGCUUGUUGAACUCAGAGGAGGAUGUUGGGAAGAUUAACAAGGAAGACUUUACCUCAGUUUUGUCAUCGUGUCAAGUGUCGGCAACGAAGUUUCCCGUCACGAAGACAGCUCAACCAAGUGCUGCGCAACCCACAAGUACCAGCGAAGCCGGUGACUCUUGCUGGGGAGGCGAAACAUAUACUGUCAAGCAGGGCGAUACUUGCGAGUCCGUGGCCGCCGCGAAUGGCAUGGCGAUCGAUAGAUUUCUGUCAUUGAACGGAAUCGAUUAUCAUUGCGAAGCAUUUGGGGUUGGAAGACCGGUUUGCAUACGAGAUGCUUGCAAACUACAUACCAUCACGCCACAGGAAUCUUGCAAUGACAUCGUCAAUACCUACGGGUUCACAAAGCUAGAGCUCGUACAAUGGAAUCCAACCUUACAAACUGGCUGCGACAAUGCAACUGCAUUGGCUGGCCGUUCGAUUUGCAUCACACCUCCUGGCACAGACAAAUAUGACUUCACCGCGACCGCAUCCUUGAAUGAUACUUGGACCUGGCCAGCUGGCAACUGGGUUCCAGGACCUACGCAAGGAACUCCUUUGACCAACAAACCGACCACCUGGGACGUACCGACAAUAACAGCGACGUGGGCGGCAACUGUGGAUCCGUCAACAGCAGCUUACUUCAAGUAUUGCCCAAUUACUGACCAACAUUGGGAGGAAGGGUUUGAUUGGAGUUUGCUCAGCAACGUGUGUUUGGUACUACUCGAGAAGUAUUGUGAGCCUGAGAUGACUGGGAAUCCACUACCUAGCACAACUUUCCCAAGUAGUUGCUUCCCGCCAUACCCUACUAACGCCGACUAA